AGAAUCCAUGCGCCGAAAGAAGGUUACAGAGCGCGAAAAAGACAGUGCACUCAAGUCAGCUAAAGAGGUGACAGCAACGCGAUUCAGCGACGUACUUUUAUUGCAAACAGCGCACUCAACUAGGGGAAUACUGGUGCAAGAGCUUACUUAAACUUACCGAAACAACAUCAGCAACAUCUUUCUUUCCUAACCCAUUUGUUUUCGUCGACAAGUGUUAGUAUAAGCUACAUAUGAGUAUUUGUUGUUUUUACAGUUUUCAAAAGCUCCUUUUUGGAGCUAAAAACCCGUUAUCUUAUAUAUUUUUCUCAGUUUUAUUUUCAUAUAGAGUUGUAUGACUCGAAGAUAAAACAGCAACAUCAUGAGAGCUCAGAUUGAAGUGAUACCCUGUAAGAUCUGUGGUGACAAGUCCUCAGGAAUCCACUAUGGUGUCAUCACCUGUGAGGGCUGCAAGGGCUUCUUCCGGCGCAGCCAGCAGAACAACGCCAUGUACUCCUGCUCUCGCCAGAGGAACUGUCUGAUCGACCGGACCAACCGCAACCGAUGCCAACACUGCCGGCUGCAGAAGUGUCUGGCUCUGGGCAUGAGCCGCGAUGCGGUCAAGUUCGGCCGCAUGUCAAAGAAGCAGCGAGACAGCCUGUACGCCGAGGUCCAGAAGCACCAGCAGUCCCAGGAGCGAGCCAGCGCCGCUGCCCGCGAGGAGGCGUCCGAGCUGGGCUCCCACGGCCGUGCCUACAGCCGGGGCUCCAGCACCGCCUUCAGCGACCUGGACGACAUCACCACCCUGCCGGAAGGCCUGCUGUUUGACCUGCCCCUGACACCAGAGGGCGCCGGAGGGGAAUACUGCAACCUGGAGAUGCUGGGAGGCAGUGGGGGAAGCAGUUCCUCGUCUCAGAGCUCCCCUGAGCAGAGCGGCCUGGACUUCGGAGACCAUCACGUCAAACACGAGUACCAGCUGCUGCACGAGUCGGGCAUCUUCGCCCACGGCCUCCUCAACCCCCUGCCGGAGGGCUGCUCUCUGAUGGAGAUAGAGCGCAUCACCCAGAGUGUGUUGAAGUCCCAUGUGGAGACCAGCCAGUACAGCUCCGAGGAACUGAAGAGGCUGGCCUGGACGCUGUACUCCCAGGAGGAGACACGCUCCUUCCAGACCAAGUCUGUGGACGUGAUGUGGCAGCAGUGUGCCCAUCACCUCACCAACUCCAUCCAGUAUGUGGUGGAGUUCGCCAAGCGCAUCACCGGCUUCAUGGACCUCUGUCAGAACGACCAGAUCAUCCUGCUCAAAGCAGGCUGCUUGGAUGUCCUCCUCAUCCGCAUGUGUCGUUCCUACAACCCCAUCAACCACACUCUGCUCUUCGAUGGCAAGUUUGCAAGUGCUCAGCUCUUCAAGGCUCUCGGCUGUGACGACCUGGUCGGCGCCGUGUACGACCUGGCCAGGAGCCUGAGCCGCCUGCAGCUCUCUGAGGAGGAGAUGGCUCUGUUCAGCGCCGCCGUUCUGCUGUCACCAGACCGGGCCUGGCUGAGCGACACCCAGCAGGUCCAGAAGCUGCAGGAGAACAUGUACCUGGCUCUGCAGCACAGCCUUCAGAGAGGAGGCUGCUCCGAGGAGAAGCUCACCAAGAUGGUGUCCAAGAUGCCCAUGAUGAAGUCCAUCUGCAACCUGCACAUCGACAAGCUGGAGUUCUUCCAGAUCCUCCACCCAGAGACGGCCUACAGCUUCCCCCCUCUCUACCGCGAGGUCUUCGGCAGUCAGAUCGCUUUCCCAGACUCCACCGAGGGCUAGUGGUCCCCCAUUGCACCAAACCCUGAUUCACACAGGCAGAGAGGUUUACGGAUGAGGGACGGGGAGAGCGAGAGAAGCACAGUGAGAGAGAGAGAGAGAGAGAGAGAGAGAGAGAGCAGGAAGUGGCAAGAGGCAACCAGCAACUCAGUGACAAUCCUGCACGCUACACUUUAGCAGACGCUACCGCUCACCUCCACUCUUUCACCUUUGAACCUCCGCCCUGCAGAGCAGCUUGAACUGCCUGGAGACACAGUCCCGUAGUUACUGCUUCAUUUCAUUUCAUCGCUAUCUGUUAUCUAUGUGGGGAGGAGUUGAGAAAAACCUUAUAAGAAAUGUUCUCGUGGUAAUUUAAAUCAUAAUUUAAAAAAAAGACAUUUGUAAGGACUCAAUCUUAGAAGUCCUCAAGAACUUGAGUCUGACUUCUCGAGUUUUCAAAGGUCCUAAGGUAAGCUAAUAGUGAAUGUAGUUCUCAGUCCUGUCGCCCCCUCACCCCCGGCAAGGCCUGACACAGAAUGUCCGCCCUGUCCUAGCCUCUCUCUGGAGGAGUACUAUGGACGAGGCAUGUUUAAACGCUUUUUAUGCGAGGGGUGGUGAAAACAAACAGCAAUUUUUUUUUUCUCCUUAGUUUUGUACUUGUGGUGGUUUGGUAUCCAGGAAGUUAACUGUUGAAAGGGACCAAGAACAAAAAGAGAGAGCAGGGCGAGAGGGAUGACGUGGUGAACUAAGACUUGAGGCGUCUUACCCACAUCACAGGCACAAUCUAUUGCACAGUACUUAGACUAGGCACCUAUGCUGGCCUACUCGUGCAUUUGUACUAGCAGACAUUCAGACACUGAUAUAUUUUUUAUUUUAUUUUUGAACAUCAUUUUUUUUUUAGAUGCAAUCAAAGACCUCAACCCUUUGACCUUUUCCCCUUGCAAAUGCCACUUCGAGAAAGAGAGAGCGAAAAGAGGAAAGAAUCACAGAAGUAUUUUGAAAAGUAUUUUUUUCAAAUGUCACUAUAUGUAUACAUAGACUUAUAUUUACUCUUGUAACAAUUAGUUGUUUGGGGGAGAGAGAGAGCGAGAGAGAGAGAGAGAGAGGGGAAAGAAGAGAGGGAGAGAAAGAAAAUAGUCUCAGGCUUCUCAAAGACUUCCUGACCACACGGUUGGGUGAAAAGAAGACGACAAUCGCUGCACAGUCUGAACCCUGUGGACAAUUGGCACCUAAGACUAAGACCAUGCUGGGGAAGCCCCGCCUCCGAGCCACAAGCCCCGCCUCCGAGCCACAAGCCCCGCCUCCGAGCCACAAAGACUCCCAGAGGCAGUAGGCUGUUCUACUGAGACGGGCGUAGAGGCAGGACGAUAACAGCCUCACCCAAGGAGCACCGAUCACUGCCAUCUCCGGAGUCCCACCCCCGGCCCCCACCCCCCGCUGACGUCCCCAACGACCAGGCAACGACCAUCACUACUGUGAUGGAGCCUGGCAGAGGCACAGGGGGAAGGAGCCUAGCAACCGAGGCUUGACAACCAACAAACUGAGCAGACUCUCACUUGUGUGGAGGAAGAGGAUUCUGGGAUGUCUAGCUGCUUGGGCCAGCAGUGGGCAGGGAUGCUGGUCAACACCCAUACAUACUUUUUACCUGUGGUGCUCAAUCCUUCUGCUUUCAUAGAAAACUGCAAACUGAUAGACUGAUAGAGGUGUUUUAGUCUGUCGUCCUCCCCACCCUCCAUAGCCGUACUACCUCACCUCCCCCCAGACUUACCGCACGUCUAAGGGUAGACAGUCCCUCACCAGCGAGCCCUGAGAGCUAUGUGGAGGUAGGGACACAGCACCACCACAUCCGCUGCGUUGCUCUUUACCGUGCAGUUUGAAGGACAUAGCUGAAAAAUAUUACAUCUAUUUUAUGCAAAUAUAUUUUUCCAUUCUGUUUGAUAAAACCUCAUGGAGAUUUCUGUUUUUACUGAAAUUCUGUUAAGACACUACAUAUUGUACACACAAGGGGGCAGGCAGAUAAAUAUACCGGCACAUAGACAACUAGACAAACAUACUGACAGAGAAACAUGAGAGAUCGAUUUGGAUUUCACAAAUGAAGCCCUUCAACACUCAUAAUACAAAGCUUGACCCUUCUACAGACCAGCUGCUGUGGAUGAAAAUAGAAUCAGUAGAGCUGAAGUUUAUUACAACCUUCUUUAAAUGGUAAAUGGACUGCAUUUAUAUAACGCUUUUCUACCUUAGCGGUACUCAAAGCGCUUUACAAUGUUUGCCUCUCAUUCACCCAUUCAUACUCUCAAUCACACAUACCGACGGCAGCGAGCUACCAUGCAAGGCGCCGGCCUGCCCAUCGGGAGCAACUUGCUCCCGAUGUCUUGCUCAAGGAUACUUCGGCACAUGGCCUGGGAGGAGUCGGGGAUCGAACCGCCAACCUUGCGAUUAACAGACAACCCUCUCUACCCCCUGGGCCACAGCCGCCCCCUUUACCGCAAAGAGACAAUCUCUCACAGGCCUUGGCUAUCCAGUUGUAUUAGAAGUGAUCCCAUGUUUCACUUGUUGCACUGCUGGGCCAGUGUAGGACUCCCUAUUGUAUAUAAGCAUCUGUGGUUUCUGUUUAGGGGGAUACAGGAUUUUAAUGGAUGCUCAAGGUAGAGUCAGAGUGGGACUGUGCAAUAAUGUUGUUCCUGUGUAGCUUGAAGGCAACAGCUACACCCUAAACUAAUCCAAGCCAGGUGACCCUGCAGUCAGGUGACCCUGCAGUCAGGUGACCCUGCAGUCAGGUGACCCUGCAGUCAGGUGACCCUGCAGUCAGGUGACCCUGCAGUCAGGUGACCCUGCAGUCAGGUGACCCUGCAUAGUCCCCCCACACACACUCCGACAGAGAUGAACGCACAGAUUCUCCCCCUCAACGCUACACAAAGCCACAACUACACGACAUGAGUCUAGUAUUAACUCGCACAAAUUUGACGACGGUUUGCGAGGCAGUGCAAGAUUGUACACAUGGUGUAAAUGCUUUGUGAAAGUGUUUAGAGCUUAGGAUGUAUUUGUAAAAAAAAAAAAAUACAAAUUUAAAAAAUGUAGGUGAAACUGUGCAGCCUCUGGCGGGUUGUCUGGUGGUGUUCCAGCGGGGGCAGUCCUGUAGGGCUAAGCACUUUUACUUUUCCAGUCAGUUUCACUCAGGGAGAUAACUGGUCUCUCUGACCUAGUGUCUUUAGAUAGCCUAGCAGGGACACGUGCACCCAACAGAAAACCUUAACCCAUCACUGUGUACAGUCUGUUCUUGUGAAUGUUGAUCACAGAAGUAUCAAAUAUUCUACCCAGUUUGAUAUCAAUGUUAUUAUUGGGCGUUUGAGCAUUACGGAGUUCGUAGAAGAAAUAGCAUCUAAACGAUAAUGAAAUAUAGCAAGAUGGAUUUGAACCUUUGGAUCGUGUGCUGGUUUUGUUGUGAUCUUUUGUUUGUUAAUUUCUAUCCUUUUUUUGUCAUGUUGUUUUUCUCUUCAGUUUAGUGCUUCUUUUCGUCUCGAAGAGUUGUAAUUCUAUUUUUUUUAAGAAAGUUUAUAUAAAUGCCUCCCUAAAAAGUUUCUCUUUUGUCAUGAUCCUUCUGUUUAUUAUGUUCCCAUUCUAUUUUAAGAUUAUUAUUGAAAUCAAUAUAGAUUUUAAUAAGAUAUAAUUUAUUAUAUGUUAUGAAUAUAAAUACGUUAUUAACACAGUGAACACUUGUACAUUGGGAAUACAAUGUGUGGAUUAAUGAAUGUAAUAAAGAUCGUUUUACUAUAACGUUA